CUGAGCAAUCUGUAUCUAUGAAAAGCUUAUCUGCCAUUUGCAAAAAGGUGUUUCAAAAAGUUGACUUUUUAAGUGUUUUUAGUGUUCCAAAAACAAUUGUUGAACAACAAAUAGUCAUCAGCUCAAUAAACAAAUGUUUAAAUGGACGCUUCGUCCAUUAUUACUCAAGUAUCUAGGGAAGAUAAACAAUUGAACAAUUAUCCUCCCGAAAAAGAAACACUGCCAAAUGAUGAAAAUGACAUAUCAGAAGAGAAAACCCAAGAGCCGAAAAGUAGGAAGAAACUCAAUUCAGGUGGCUUCCUCAGAUCACUGCUAUGCUGUUUGGGUGGAAAAAGUAAAAAGGAUAAUUCGGAACAAGGACUUGAUGGAUCACAAUACAGACAGUACAUUUCUGGCAGUAGAAGUUCUUACUUGUUACCUGCCAUACGACAUCAAGACAUGCAUAAAAAGUGUAUGGUCAUAGAUUUAGAUGAAACCUUAGUUCAUAGUAGUUUUAAGCCUAUAAGUAAUGCAGAUUUUGUUGUGCCUGUAGAAAUAGAUGGAAUUGUGCACCAAGUUUAUGUUCUGAAAAGGCCACAUGUCGACGAUUUUCUGAAAAGAAUGGGAGAAUUGUACGAGUGUGUCUUAUUCACUGCAUCACUAGCUAAAUAUGCUGAUCCGGUUGCUGACCUUCUCGACCAGUGGGGAGUUUUUAGAGCAAGACUAUUCAGAGAGAGUUGCGUUUUUUAUAGGGGCAACUAUGUGAAAGAUUUGAACAAACUUGGUAGGGAGUUGCAGAAGAUAAUUAUUGUGGACAACUCCCCAGCAUCAUAUAUAUUCCAUCCAGAUAAUGCUGUACCGGUUGCUUCGUGGUUUGAUGACAUGAACGAUUCUGAACUUUUGGACUUGAUACCUUUCUUUGAGAAGCUAAGCAAAAUGGACAAUGUUUACACAGUGCUGUGCAACUCAAAUCAUCCGUAUAACAACGGUGGACCGCAAUCCAACGGUCCACCGAUAAAUUCAUCAUCCGCAAAUUUUCCAAACAACCAUGUGGUGACAAAUACGUAGCAAAACAUGAUGGCUGUGGGUAAAAUCAUCAAUGUCGUUUUUUAGGAUUUCCUGAAAAAUUUUCUAUGGCGCUGGGUAAUGCAAGGCAUUACUUGUAAAUAUGUAAUUUAUGUACCAUAUCUAUACAUAUUUAUAUAUAUAUAUAUACAUAUACAUAUUAUGGUCAGCUCUUAAUCUCAUUGCGCUGAUUUUUAUAUUGGAGGUAGUAAAUUUCUAACUUGGAAAUUACGUCAAAACUAUUAUGGAAACAACGUCGACAAAACAAAUUCAAUUACAGGAUGAAAUACGUUAUGAGAAAAAUUCGACCCAUUGAAUCCUCGUUGACGAUGCUAACUAACCAAAAGUUGAGUGCCCAUGGUUUCGUGAGCUUUUGGAAAUUCCGAAAUUUUAGCAAAUAAAUCUGUUUGAAUUUUUCUCAUAGACUUUCCGAUGCAAGCAUUUAUUAUUCCGUUGAAUAACGAACAUUGAACAAUCCCUAACUAUGAUUGGACUGCGGAAAAAAAGGAACAAGCAAUCGAGACUUGACGCGAUUUCGACUAUCGCGAUUUUUUUACCAAUAAAUAUUUCGAUUGGUGUGAAUAAUCACGAACAUGAGAAAUUAUUUUUUUACAUCAUACUUAUUUUACGUAAGAUAUCAGCAAAACAAGGCUUGCAAAAAUUUUCAAUGACAAUAUGUAUCUUUUUAUAUUCGGACUGAUCCAGGGUGGAGCAAGAGGGUUUUUCGGACCGAACUUGCGUUUUUGAACAGGUAAGAGAAGGAAGUUUCAUUAAAUUUUAUUCUUCAAGAUUUCAAAAAAUUUUUAACAACAUUCAAGAGCUUCAUGUGAAAAAAUUUUUGAGAAUACUUAAAACAAUAAGCGAUUGCAUUCCGACUACUACCAAAAGAAAGAGUUGAUUCACUGCUGUUUGGUACUUAGGAGUAAAAGAAAAAAAAUGAAAAAAAAAACCCAGCUUACGUGAUUUUAAGACUGCAUAUCAUUUUUCUACCAACUUUCUAAGUGUACUGUUGUUAUAUAUUCUAUUUUCCAAAAUUCAUCCCACUUAUACCUGAAAACGAGUACUUCUUGAAUAAAAAAAGGUGUAAAUAAUUGGAUAUUAUUAAAAUAAUAUAAAUAAAAAUAAAUAUUUUUAAUUUUGACGAUUUCACCCAUUUGUGAUUAGAAGACUGUUCUUUCAUGAUGAAUGAAAACAAGGUUUUCAAGCCUUUGAUGUUUUUAACCUUUCGUUCGUAAAGAACCACUCAACAAUUCUAGUCUAAAAAUCUUAUCGGAAGUAUAUUGUGAAAAUUUUACAAUUACAAGUAAUUGUUAUUUUUAUACAAAAAAGAAAAAAAGUUGUUUUAUAUUAUUUUAUUUAUUUUAAAUUUGUGUUAUAGUUAAAGAGAUCUAAGUCGAAACUUAUUUGGAUUUAUUUAUUUUUCUUGUAUAUUUGUCUGAAUUGAAAACCUUGUUUAUCGUUAUUGUGUUUCUCAUCAUGUUAAAAUUGCUCUAUGUGUCUUGUCACUUCUUGAAUAUCAAUUUCAAUCCGCUGAAUUUAAACGUUCAAUCUACCCAUGGUCCAUUUUUGAUUUUGGCAAUCUCGUCAUCUUCUGUUUUACUCUAAAUUGAUAAAAGUAUCGAUUUUUAAUAUUUAUCGAGUAUCGGCUUUUUAAAGGAGUAUUCCCAAUUGAACACUGUCGACAGUGUAAUUCAAGCCAGAGUAUGAUGAUGCCACAGUGGCCUUAAAAAUUCUUUUUUGAUAUUUUAGAGUUAGAUGUAAAUUUUCAACUGAAAACGCGCAUAACUCACAUUUUUCGAACUCUUUUACGAACUCAAAUUCUAAGGUGUGUGAUUUAAUUUGUAAAUUUCAACAAAAUGUGAAUUAAUCAAUAUGAAAACGUUUAAUAUUGAUGAUACUUUUUAUGGUCCAAAAACUAACGUUGAUAUGACUUUUUCUGAUGUAGAACCCUGAAAACUUGUUCAUAACGUAUUCGGGAGUCGUGCUUAUGAAUCAAAUGCUUUCGUGGAAAAUAACAUUGUUAUAGUUUUAGUCUUAUGAUAUUCUGUAUUAUAAUUCAUAUGUACAAUGAGUAUAUUAAUUCAUGUAUAUUAUUAUGCUUUUAAAUUGUUACCUUAAAUAUUAUUCAUUUUGCAAGUACUUAUUUUCUCACAUAAAUAUUAAUGGUGUAAAAGGAAAUGUAGCUGAAGUGACAUUUAUAUUUUCAUUUAAUAUAACGUUUGGUAAUUUUCAUCAUCAGGAGUUUCUUCUGAGUUCCAUUGGCUGAUCUCCGCAAUCUUUUCAAAAUAUUUUCUUCUGUUUAUUACAUGGAGAGAGUACUCGAGAAUUAUUUUGUAUAUUGUCCGAGACAAUGACGAAAGUUUCGUACCUCCUGAGCCCCUCUACCUUAUUUAUUCUGGAUUUAUUGUGCAUUUCUUUCUAAGGUGCGGGAUACUUGUAGUGCGGGGUACUAACAGUAAAUAUACACAGCUCAAUCUCUCAAAUCACACUUGUAGAUGAUGAAAAAACUUGUAAAUAGUUUCCAGAGAGCCGAGAUUGACCAGAACAACCGAUAAUACGGAUGCUUCUAUCGAAAGAAAGAGAUUCGAGAGGUUUAGCUCCGAUAAAUAUUUAUAUGUAUUGAAAUUAUCAAUAUUAGUUUUAUUAUCGCUCUUCAUAGGUUAAUAAGUUUUAUUUUAUUUGUUACAAAGAAUUAUAAUAAAUUUAUUUUUGUUGAAAUGAUGUAGCUAAAAUGUAUGUUCGUAUAUUGUCAUGUGAAUAUAUUCUUCAGCCUUGAUUUGUGAAUAAAAGCCUAUGAAAUUA